GGGGUCACGUCGGUCUUCCGGGUGUUUCCGACAGGGGUUUCUACGCCGCUUUUUUCCGGCUACAUUUUGGUCUUCCGUCUCUUGCCACCUCCCUCGAGUUCCCUCACCCUUGCUGCCCCUGCCUUUUCUUGUGUCGUACCUCCCCGGCCGCCGAGCCCGGGAAUUAGAUCGCAAUCCGGAGCCGGAGCUGGGCCUACCCAUUCCGCGCGGGAACUACCACCUUUGGCUCUGGAGAAAGCUAGGACCGAGCGCGCCGGGCCGUCCCUGCUCCGGCUCUGGAGCUCCUGGGCUGGCGGUGCCGGUAGAUUCUCCUGCUUAGCCUUCCCCGAGGACACUUGUGAGUUAGGGGGUUUCGGAGAGGAAAGCAACGGUGUAGGCCCGGGUGGGGGGCGGGGCGCCGGGAACUUUUUCGGAAACUGUAGUGUUUUGCGUGGGAGGUUCCGGCAUAAUCUCUCUGAUAUCCCAGACGUAUGGGCGGCCCCCAGGCUGCGGUACUUUCUGAAGAAUCUUAGGAACUCUUAAACGUUUCCCAUUCGUUUGUCUUUCUCGCGCCCCGUCCUCAGUCUAGGACCAAACAAGGAAGACUGUCUUGGGACACUGCAUGGGGUUUCAAAGGGUGGUGAAGAACUAAGGUAGAAGAAUACAUGUUUACUCUUAGUGAGCAAGAGCAUGUUCCCAAACUCAAUUUUGGGUCGCCCGCCUUUCACUCCAAACCAUCAACAACAUAAUAACUUCUUCACCCUGUCACCAAGUCUUUAUUCACACCAGCAGCUUAUAGAUGCACAGUUCAACUUUCAGAAUACAGACUUGUCUAGAGCUGUAUCAUUACAGCAGUUGACAUAUGGAAAUGUCAGUCCAGUACAGACCUCAACUUCCCCAUUAUUUCGAGGAAGGAAGAGAUUAAACGAUGAAAAGAAUCUUCCUCUUGAUGGUAAACGACAGCGUUUCCAUUCACCUCACCAAGAGCCAACUAUAGUUAACCACAUAGUGCCUUUAUCAGGUGAAAGAAGAUACUCAAUGCCGCCAUUGUUUCAUACACACUAUGUACCAGAUAUAGUCAGAGGUGUUCCGCCUUUUCGAGAAAUACCAUUUUUAGAACCUAGAGAAAUCACACUGCCUGAGGCCAAAGAUAAGUUGAGUCAGCAGAUACUGGAGUUAUUUGAAGCAUGUCAGCAGCAAGUAAGUGAUUUAAAGAAGAAAGAACUCUGUCGAACAGAGCUGCAGAGAGAAAUUCAGCUGAUAUUUCCACAAAGCAGACUUUUUUUAGUUGGGUCCUCUUUAAAUGGAUUUGGUACUCGGAGCAGUGAUGGUGAUUUAUGUCUGGUUGUUAAAGAGGAACCAUGUUUUUUUCAGGUAAAUCAGAAGACUGAAGCACGGCAUAUCCUCACCUUAGUCCAUAAACACUUCUGUACUAGACUUUCUGGUUACAUUGAGAGACCUCAGCUGAUUCGAGCAAAAGUGCCAAUUGUGAAGUUCAGGGAUAAAGUCAGUUGUGUGGAGUUCGACUUGAAUGUAAACAAUAUUGUUGGAAUAAGAAACACAUUCCUUCUCAGAACGUAUGCAUACCCCCUACCUGAACCCAUCCUUCCAUCCAUCCAAAAAAUUUACCCAGAAUCUUUUAGUCCUGCUAUACAGCUGCACCUUGUACAUCAAGCUCCGUGUAAUGUUCCUCCUUACCUCUCAAAGAAUGAAUCAAAUCUUGGGGACCUCUUACUGGGCUUUCUUAAAUAUUAUGCUACAGAAUUUGACUGGAACAGUCAAAUGAUUUCAGUUCGUGAAGCCAAAGCCAUUCCCAGGCCUGAUGGUAUUGAGUGGAGAAAUAAAUACAUCUGUGUAGAAGAACCUUUUGAUGGAACAAAUACAGCCAGAGCUGUGCAUGAAAAGCAGAAGUUUGACAUGAUCAAGGAUCAAUUUUUAAAGUCAUGGCACAGAUUGAAAAACAAACGAGAUUUGAACAGUAUACUACCGUUAAGAACUGCUGUCCUGAAAAGAUAACUGGCCUCUAUUUCUUAAUAAAGAACAGUAGUAACAUCAUAAUGCAUUUUGUUUACCUUCAUCAUGGUUUCUUUUUAAUUGUUCUUCUUGUUUUCAUGUUUUAUUCUUAAGAGGACAUACUUAUAUAUGCAUAUUUUAUUAUGACAUUUCCUAAUAAAACCCUUUGAUUUAAAGAUGUAUUUUUGAAAAUGUUUACAUUGAUAAUUAGUAAUAUUAUGGCAUGAAUUUUCAGGAGAUCAAAUAAAAUAUUUUUUUGAGAAUUAUCAAAUAAAAGUUAUUUGCUAUAACUGUAAUUAAUUGUACCACAUGCUAAUACUGAAGAGAUGUGUGGACUGUUUUGGAAAGGGUCUGAUGUAUACAUACUUAAAAGUAUCACCUUCGGUAGAUGGUUUGUUGCCUGAGUCUGUUCUAGUGAAGUGAAGAUUCGAGUCAGUUAUUCAGUUACUUGAAGCAAAAUGAAAUCUUUUAUUUCAGUGAAAUCACUGCAGAGGCAUGAAAUACUGGACAAUUGCCUUAAGUCCUCACUUGACUCAUCAGGAUAAACUGAGGCUUUGUGUCGAUAUUAGCAUUUCAUUAGUACCUCACAUGCUUUUGGUGUACUUGUGAUUGCUUUAAAUUUUGUGUUGAAACAACUACAUUUUGCACUGUAAUAAUAUGAGCACUAACUGUGUAUUGUACAGCAGUUAGGGAAUUGUUUUGAAGAAUCAGUUCAGUGUAGACAUUUUGAAAAGGUUAAGUCCUCUGUGCUUUAUGGUAGCUUAGUGCAAUUUGCACUUUUGUUUUACUUCCUGUUUUCCUGCUUUUAUUUUUCCUGUGACAUGAAGCAACAGAAACUGAAAGAUCAAAGUUGAGAUUAUAUCCUAUUGAUAGUAUCAGAGUUUUUUCUGUGUAUAAUUAUAGGAUUGUAAUCUAAACUGGAAUUUUUAGGCAGUAAGCCACUAUAAAAUGUUCUAGAUAAGACAUAACAUUAUUAUAAAUAAAAGCUUAAUGUUUGUAAAGAUAUCUUUUCCACAAGAAGAAAUAGUGGUGGCUGCUAAAAAUGCUACAGUGUUUAUUAAGGUCGUUUUUGGUUUAUGUAAAUAUUUGUAAAUUGGUCAGUGCCUGUAAAUUUAAAUAUAAAUAAUCUUAAAAACAGUUUUAACUUUUUCAAAAGGACUUUCAAAAGGACUGUGUACAACUUCUUUUAGACCUGCUGUAGCACAGUUUGUACCUCUAAUGUAUUUGGUUUUUUUGCAGACCAAUUCAAAUGCUAACAAGACUUUUGCUUUUUGACUUAUAAAAGGUGCAUAUUUUCAUUUUUUUCUUUAAGUUUAAAUUUUUGUAUGAUCAAAUGGAAUAAAGUUUAUAUAUGGAAAUUGUC